UCACCCCAGAACAACAACAACUCAAAUGUGGAGGUUUGGCGGUAACCACCGUAAUGUCUGCCAGAAAGAAACUAGACCUAAAACUGUCUCAAUUAACGCUGGAGGACGUCAUUUGUCCAAUAUGUCUGUCCAUUUUAGUAGAACCGGUGACAAUGCCAUGUUCUCAUUCAUUGUGUAUGCCGUGUUUCAAGCAACAUGUAGCGGAAACAUCUCUGGCCUGCCCCGUCUGUCGAACUAGGAUAAGUGUUUGGGUUCGCCGUAACAAUAAAUCAAACCGUUUGAUCAAUAAUCGACUGUGGCAGGUGAUCAAGGAAAAGUUUCCUGAAAAAAUUGAAGCACGUCUUCAAGGAAAAGAUGACUUGGAUGAUGAAGAAUUUUUUGUACGUGAACCACGUGUUUGUGCUCCUGGUGAAAUACGGCAAGAGUUUGAAGCUCUUAUCCAACAGGAACAGCAAGAGCUGGCCUCAAGGAGAAGCCAAGAAGAGGAAGCAUCUACGAGAUUGAUCCUGAAGUUACAGGAAGAAGAGACGAUGAAACUCAGGCAGAGGAGAGCUCAGGAAGAACAAUUAUGCCAAGAAGAUGAAGUUCUUGCUCUGCAAAUCAAGGAAGCUGAAAACCAAGUUUUGGAAAAGAGAAUACAAGAUAUACAGCUGAUGUGUGGAAAUGAUGAAGAAUUAGCACGUCAGAUUGCACGCCAGAUUGAGGAAGAAGAAAAGGCUAAGGCCAAGCCCUCUACAAAACUAGCAGCAAACAAAAACCUGCUAAAAGGCCAAUGGACAUGUACAUUGGUCAGAAGACUCCAAGUUCCCAAGGUAAAUUGUUGUUACCAGAUAUGAUGCCUCAUUCUUCGAAAAUGUCUCCUAUGAAGAACAAGUCUUCAAGACAUCCAGGUAAUUAUGCCACUGCUCCAACGCCAUGCUUGAGGCCUUGAAUACACCUUCCUCUUCAUAUUCAUCUCAUAAUACUUACAGUAGCAGGAAACAACUUUGGAUGUUUUCCCCGCAACAACUCUGCAAGUAGUAAUGACAGUAGUGACUUGAGAUAUGGAAGGUCUCUAAGAGAGAUAACAUCAUCGCAGAGCUCAGAGUCUGAAGCUGAAGACCUGUUACACGCAACUAAGAUCAAGAAAAAGCCCAUGCAGCAACAUCAGGGAAAAGGAGAAUGUCAUGGACUUGGAAAAUGAAAAUCCUCAUAAAUCAGAAAGACUCAAAUCAGAUUGUGUAGUCCC